AUGGAGCCUUGGCAGCACCAGCGCCAGCAGGUGGGGUUGGGGUGGGGCGACGGCGCGCCGCUCACCGCGCGCCAGGGCGCUGUGGUCGCCCGCCUCUUCGCGCUGCAUGGCGAGCACUACGGGCCGAGCCCGAGUGGGGGUUUCAUCAAUCCCAUGAUGGCGCAAGAUGAAGGGGCGAGGAGCAAGGAAAGCUUCUGUGCGGCGGGCGAGCCACACGGGGCACUGCUGGAUGAUGAGGAGGAGGAAGAUGACGCGGGGGAGCGAGUGCAGGGGGAGCUCUACGCGUGGCUGGACCACCACCCCAACCCCGAGCAAGCCCAGGCCUGCGGAAUGGCGCUGACGGACCUGAUGGAUGGGCGAGGCUGGUGCGCGGACCUCGACCGCGAGCUGGACCAGGUCUUUGAGACACUCACAGAGCUGGAGCGAAGGUGCGCGGUGCUGAAGCGGAGCGGUGAGGCCGUCGACGACGCCCUGCGGCACAGCAUCGGCGUACAGCUCCAACUUGAGGAGGACGCGAUGAAGUCACCAGGUCGCAUCAGCGCGUUCGGAGCGAAGCUGUUGGCCAUCGACAAGGAGCAAGUGCUGCCUCUGCCGCUGCCGACCGACCUGCGCCAGCGAGAGGCGCGGGAGCAGGAGGAGAGGGCCGCGAGCGCCACCGCGCGCGAUCUGCUCGAACGCAUGAACGCCCGCGUCUCCUCCUCUUCUCCUUCGCCAACAGAUGAAAACCAGCAGCCACCACCACAUGAUGCCGGUGAAGCUUCAUCUUCGUCGUCGGCCUCAGCAAAACCUCGUAAUGACCGACAGGCGGCACAGGGACACCAUCAACAAGACGGCGCAGAGUGUGUCAUUGCCUGA